CAAUAGAAGCAUAAAAAAUCAACUACCUUAGAAAAGGAGUGAAAGGAAGAAAAGAGAAACAAGAAUGGAAGUGACACAAGUACUGCACAUGAAUGGAGGCUCGGGAGAAACAAGCUAUGCAAACAAUUCCUUAGUUCAGCAAAAGGUGAUUUGUUUGACAAAGGGUAUGAGAGAGGAAGCCAUAAGCAGCCUCUACCGCAGCAUGCUCCCAAGAAGCCUUGCAGUUGCGGACUUGGGUUGCUCUUCUGGACCAAACACUUUCUUGGUGAUAUCUGAAGCUAUAAAAUCGGUGGAGAAGCUUUGUCGAGAACUGAAUCAUCAGUCACCAGAAUACCAGAUCUACAUGAACGAUCUUCCCGGGAAUGAUUUCAACAACAUCUUCAAGUCCCUUGACAGCUUCAAAGAGAAACUGUGUAAUGAAAUAAUAGAAGCUGGGCAUGGAAUUGGUUCAUGUUUUUUCAAUGGGGUUCCAGGUUCUUUUUAUGGCAGGAUCUUUCCAACCAAAAGUCUGCAUUUUGUUCAUUCCUCGUACAGCCUUAUGUGGCUAUCCAAGGUUCCUGAUGGUGUAGAGAACAAUAAGGGCAACAUUUACAUGGCCAGCACAAGUUCCUUAAAUGUCCUUAAGGCUUAUUACGAGCAAUAUCAAAAGGAUUUCUCGUUGUUUUUGAAGUGUCGAGCGGAAGAAAUCGUGGAAGGGGGUCGUAUGGUUCUGACAUUUUUGGGAAGAAGAAGCGACGAUCGAUCUAGCGAAGAGUGUUGCUAUAUAUGGGAACUUUUGGCUAUGGCUCUUAAUGAUAUGGUCUCGAAGGGAAUCAUAAAAGAAGAGCAAAUGGAUACUUUCAACAUCCCUCAAUACACGCCAUCCCCAUCUGAAGUGAAAUUUGAGGUUCAAAAGGAAGGUUCAUUUAGCAUUACUAGUCUGGAGGUAACGGUAGUACCUUGGAAUGCCUACGAUAACGGGAAUGCUUUUGAUUCUGAAUGUGGUUUCUCUAAAUCACUCAGUAAUGGAGGGUACAACGUUACAAAGUGCAUGAGGGCCGUAGCAGAACCUUUGUUGGUUAGUCACUUUGGAGAAGCAAUCAUUGAAGAGGUUUUUAGCCGGUAUCAACAAAUCUUAACUGAACGAAUGUCUAAGGAGAAAACCGAAUUUGUUAACGUGACCAUAUCAAUGAUUAGAAGAGCAUGAGUAAGAAGUUGCAUAUGUUUGCAUAUUUAUGUGGUUUCUCAUUAAAGCCUACCCCAAAAAACUUUCUUCAUCGUGGUUGUUGUGUGUUUAAUUGUAGGAAGUAUUCGUGUGUGGUAUCUCCUGUAACAAAACUAAAAGUAUUCAUGCAUGUGUGGUUUCUCAUUAAAACUGGGAAGUAUUCUGUUACUAUAAACUAAUAUCUAUUGAUUAUGUUGUACCUCUGGCUUGUGAUUAUUAAUUAGUGAUUUAUGGAUAUUAUGAUAA